GUCACCCUGAGGGCGCUCGUCGGCGCGCGCGAGUCGGGCCGAGCGGAGCGGGGGCGAAGAAGAGGAGGGUAGGAGCUCGGGAACGGAGGAUGGGAGGAAGAUUGGAGUGAGAGAAGGAGAGACGGAGAGAAAUUGCUGUGUGUAUAUGUCUGUAAGACUGUGAACCGGAGCUGAGUGAGCCCGCAUCGAGCCACAUUUUAACUCAUCCAAACUUUAAACUCCUUCAUCUUUUUUUUUACUCGCCGUAGCUUGGCUUCAGUGCCGGGUCCCGGGCUUUUGUUUCGCAGCCGGGUCGGGCAACAAUAAAGAAGGGGGGCAAGAUAAACUAGCUGCACGUCAUUUUUGUUUUCUUCUUUUUUCUUUUUCGUCCGAGAGCGGGAGAGAGUACGCUCAGGGACCGGCAGAAUGGCGGCCAACAUGUACAGGGUCGGAGAUUAUGUGUACUUUGAAAACUCCUCCAGCAACCCAUACCUGAUUCGCCGGAUAGAGGAGCUUAACAAGACGGCCAAUGGCAACGUGGAAGCCAAGGUGGUGUGUCUGUUCAGACGGAGGGACAUCUCAGGCAGCCUUAACACCCUCGCCGACAGCAAUGCCAGAGACUUUGAGGAGGAGUCAAAGCAGCCUUCCCUUUCAGAGCAGCAGAAGCAUCAGCUGAAGCACAGGGAGCUCUUCCUCUCACGGCAAUUUGAGUCCCUCCCUGCGACUCACAUACGGGGCAAAUGCAAUGUUACCCUCCUCAAUGAAACAGAUGUGCUGACUGGCUACCUCGAGAAAGAGGACUAUUUCUUCUACUCUCUGGUGUUUGACCCAGUCCAGAAGACUCUACUGGCAGACCAAGGCGAGAUUCGGGUUGGCUCCAAGUACCAGGCUGAAAUUCCUGACAAGCUUGCCGAUGGGGACUUGGAUGACCGUGUGCAGGAAAAGCUGGAGACAAAGGUGUGGGACCCAGACAACCAGUUAAAGGAUCAGCAGAUUGACCAGUUCCUGGUAGUGGCACGGGCAGUGGGGACCUUCGCCCGUGCCCUGGACUGCAGCAGCUCCAUCCGACAGCCCAGCCUGCACAUGAGCGCUGCUGCCGCCUCGCGAGACAUCACACUGUUUCACGCCAUGGACACCCUGCAGAAGAACGAGUACGACCUGGCACGUGCCAUGUCCACGCUGGUGCCCCAGGGUGGCCCAGUGCUGUGUCGCGAUGAGAUGGAAGAAUGGAGUGCCUCCGAGGCCAUGCUGUUCGAAGAGGCGCUGGAGAAGUACGGCAAGGAUUUCAACGACAUACGCCAGGACUUUCUGCCCUGGAAAUCGCUGGCCAGUGUUGUUCAAUUCUACUACAUGUGGAAAACUACGGACCGCUACAUCCAGCAGAAAAGGCUGAAAGCAGCAGAAGCAGACAGCAAACUGAAACAGGUUUACAUCCCAACCUAUACCAAGCCCAACCCGAACCAGAUCAUGGCCCCAGGCAACAAGCCUGGCAUGAAUGGAGCAGCAGGCUUUCAGAAAGGGCUCAGCUGCGAGAGCUGCCACACUGCUCAGUCACCACAGUGGUAUGCCUGGGGCCCCCCCAACAUGCAGUGCCGACUGUGCGCAUCAUGCUGGAUUUACUGGAAGAAGUAUGGAGGUCUGAAAACCCCCACACAGCUAGAGGGCGCCACAAGAGCAAGUUCGGAUGCCGCCCCCCGAGUUCAUAUGACCCGCCAGGAAGUGCAAGGCAUGUCUCCCUUCACCAGUAGCGCCGGCCGAGCCAAACUGCUGGCCAAAAACCGCCAGACCUUCAUCCUGCAGACCACCAAGCUAACCAGAAUCGCCCGUCGGGUGUGCCAGGACAUCCUACAGCCUCGCCGUGCCGCUCGCCGCCCCUACGCCUCCAUCAAUGCCAAUGCCGUCAAGGCAGAGUGCAUGAUCCGGCUCCCUAAAGCAUCUAAAACUCCUGUGAAGAACCGGCCAGUUGUUCGGCCCACUCUGGUCACCAUAGUUAAAGAGCUGGCUCUCCAGGCUCCUUUGAAGCUGAAGGCCCCCAGGGGAGCCCCUACCCCCAUUAACCGCAACCAGGUGACGCAGCCUCGGGCAGCCAGUAACCUGCUGGGAAAGAGGACCUUUGACAGUGUUGCUGGGCUCCCUUUUGCUGCCAACGGCAGACCAUUCACUUCUGCCAUGAGGACCACCUCCCAGUCUGUCAUCAAGCGCCAGAAGGUCAACCAGGGAGAUGCUCCCAACCCUGUAGUAUUUGUGGCCACCAAGGACACCAGAGCCCUCAGGAAACACCUGACACAGGCAGAGAUGAGGAGAGCGGCCAGGAAGCCCCACGUUGCCGUGCGGGUGAAGCUGCCAGCGUCCCUUCGUCCACUGCCAGGCUCCAUCCUGCCCUCCAGCACCAACGAGCCCAUUGUGCUUGAGGACUGAGCAGCCUGCCAUCAUACAUAUUGUUGUUGUCUUUUUUUGUUAUUCACCCUUCCUGGGAUAUGUCUACUUUCUAAAACCCUAUAGUGUGCAAACCGUAAACCCAAAUGCAUUCGCCAACCCACUUGCACACGUUACCCCAAUAGGUAUUGUUUUUUUUGGCUUUUAAAUCAUUUUAUUACUGUCAUUUCAAAUUUUUAACAAUUUUAACACGUGUAUAAAGAAUUGUGCUCAUGUUCAAAUCGUUAAAGCACACUUUUUCCUUCAGGUCUUUUUUGUGUAAAUAUUUUCUGAAUUUGAGAUGUUACACUUGGGAUGGUGGGUGGUGAGGGUGGGAAUUUUGACAUUUGGAUGAAAUUUUUAUGCUUGGUGGCAAUGGAUUUGCCCCCCUAUUUCCCUGUCAUAUUUUUCAGUGGACUAAGAGUGAAUAACUGCCACCAUCUCUGUAUAAUUAAUAAUAAUUUGUUUUUAGCAGGCUUUAUGAAACAUCCCCCCCCCCAAAAAAAAACAAAACAAACACAACUCUCCUCCCCCAGGUUUUGGGUUAGAAAAUACACUGUGAGUAUGACUUGUAAAGAUGCCAUAUUCUGGUCAUUUUAAACCUCCAACAUCCAAACAAUCAUACUCUUAGCCCUCACUGGUAUUGGAAUCUUGUUAACAGAUGUGGCAAAAUCUGUUGGCAUUCUUAAAAUUUGUAAAUUGGCUGUAUUAUCCCUAUUGUGGAUAUGAAACCAGGUGUUUAUAUUGAAAAGGGUCCUAUUGUAGCAGUUUUGCUAUGGACCGUUUAAGGUUAAUUCUCCUCAUAAUUAGUUUGACUUCCAGGUCCAGUUGGAUAAUUUUCCUCUUAUGGAAUCUGUUCAGUCUCAAGUUGAAUGACUUUAUAAUGUGUGAAAGUGUAUCUAGUGGGUGAAACUCGGGCUAUGGAUUUUCCACCACCUAUGGGCGGAAGUUUGUUCCCUGUGGGAAAGAUUGACCAGCAAGUGCUACUGGGUUCAGUGGACAUGUGGAAGGAACACGGCGUCUGAUGCUGGCAAACAGUAAUGUGCUCAGUACUGAACAGCCAGCUGAAAUUCACAGAGAAACAUGAAGAUUUGUGGCAGCGGGUGAAGAUGAGGACACUGGUGUGGUAUGGCUGCAUAAACGUGUAAAACCAUCCCAUUGGAUGCACUUAUGCUAAUGUCCGGGGGGUGUCAGCCUUUGCAGAAGGAAACGCACCUGCCUGCAAGGCUAAUGGCAGAAGUUUGAAGAUGGACCAUGCUGUUUGAGGAUCGGGUGAAAGCCUAAGCAUACCUUCACACCUGAAGUGAAUCGCUGGCCAAUUAAUGACUGCAGAUACACCGCUGAGCAUUGAGAUUUCCACUUGGACCAAGACAGCCUGCAGAGGAGAUUGUCCAUUAUUGCUAGAGCGGUGAAAGGAGCUGAACCAGGCCCUGGUUGUCUUCCUCAGGGAUACGCCCCCCCUCCCCCCAGCGGCUGACCUGGAUUAUGGUUGGCUUUUUCUUCAUCAGCAGGUGACAAAUUUAAAAGGAUUAAUUGGUUAAGGUUGCUAUUUCAUGGUCCAUUUUGCACUUUUGACUCAAGCAUCCAGAGGUAGGUUAGGAAUUUCUUUGGAAAAUUAACCUAAAGUGUUUUUUGAGAUUAAUCUGCGCAGACUGAGAAGCCAGCUGAAGGUAAAUUGGCAGGACAGACCGUUUAGGAACAAAGUGGAAUCUGGAGUAUUCUGUUCUUUUAAUUGUGGAGGAGUUUAAUAUAUGGAACUUGUAAUUGGUCUGCAUUACCAGAUGUGGGGACUGGGUAUGGGUUCGGAAACGGGGAGUGGAUUUUGUACGCUAGAGAAAUAUGCUACAAUUUUUUUUUUUUUUUAAAUUCCAGUGUCUAUGUACCCCAUUAAUGUAUCUUGAGAUAAGAAAUAAAGGUUUUUUUGUUCUUGA